AUAACCGUUAAGAUGGCGCCCGCAGACACGGAGAAAGACCACUGGUCUGCAGAGACAUACUCCGCCUCUGCCUCCUUCGUCCCCGAACUAACCCAGACUGUCCUCCGCUACCUUUCCCCCUGCCCUACAGACAGGAUCCUAGAUAUAGGCUGCGGCGACGGGAAGUUCACGGCCAAAUUCCUCCCUGCCGCCGACUAUGUCCUGGGCCUCGACUCGUCGAAGAACUUGGUUGAUGCCGCCAUCAGGGAUUACAGUUCCUUGGCCAAUGCCGAGUUUCGCGUUGUCGAUUGCCGAUUUCUCGAGCAGGAGACCGCUGUCGUCGACGGUUCUUGGGAUAAGGUAAUCUCCAAUGCCGCCCUCCACUGGAUCCUCCGUGAUCCUUCUACUCGUCAAUCCACCAUAAAUGCCAUCCACGCCUGUCUCAAACCAGGUGGAUCCUUCGUCUUCGAAAUGGGAGGCCAUGGAAACGUUCCUGAGGUCCAUGCCGCGCUUAUCUAUGCCCUUGUGCGUCGUGGUGUCCCCGUGCAUAAGGCGCGAGAGGCUGGUCCGUGGUUCUUUGCGUCUGAGACUUGGAUGCGGAAUGCCUUGCAGAAAGCAGGAUUCAAGGUCGAGAAGCUUGAGGUCGAGUACCGGCCUACGAAACUCACUACGGAUGCUUCUGGGGGGCUUGCGGGUUGGGUGAGGUUGAUGGGUGCGCAGUUCUUGGAGCUUCUGGAUCCCGUGCAGCGGGAAGAUUCUGUUAGGGAGAUCUGUGAGGUUCUGCGCUCUGUCGUAACCAGGGAGGAGGACGGGAGUCAGUGGUUGGGCUAUGUUCGGCUGAGGGGAAUUGCGACAAGGGUAAACUGA